AUCCACAAACUCCGAUACAGUAACCCCGAAUCCUACUGUUCGUGUAUCGCCUCGCUAGUACCUAAAUCUAAACACGAGGACCUCUCAUUAUGUAUCCUCCCGCUUGCUCUUUAACCCAGGUUGCCCUCGUGCAGAGACCCAUUUUAUAACCCCCUUACCCCUAUUUCGUAUCCCUGGGACCCAUAUACACGGACCUUUAAUGCUACAAUACAUUACUCCCAACCAUAGCUUUGAGUUAGGGACCCCUAACACAGAGAAACCCAAUGCUAAAUCUGACCCCUUACCCUUAAUACAGGGACCCCUAAUGCCGGAGUCUUUACAUUUUGUGCAUCAAGUAUCCACAAUCUGCUGCCAUGGUUGGUGCAGCGGAUGCGGCUUUGGGUUGUGACCCCAGACGCUCUGCGGAUCUUCCACGUCGUCCCACGAGGAGGAACUGCAAGGGGAACCCCAACUGCCUGGUGGGGCUGGGCGAGCAAGCGUGGCUGGGCGACCUCAAUGAGGAGGCCUUCCACCAGGUGGACGAUCCAGAUACGGAACGCCGCGCCAAGAACUCGUUCGUGGGGCUCAAGAACCUGGGGGCGACGUGCUACGUGAACACUUUCCUGCAGGUGUGGUUCCACAACCACCGCUUCCGCCAGUUGCUCUACCUCUACCGCCCAGACUCCCCCUCCACCCACGCGGGGACGACUACCUCCUGCUCCACCACCACCGCCGCCACCGCCACCAGCAUCACCACCAAGGAUGGGGCGACUACGGAUAGUGAAACCACCGACAGGACGACAAUCACUUCCUCCGCCUCCACGAUGCCCCAAGGCGCCACAGACUCCAGCAACCCGGCAGGACAGGAGCAGGGCGGCGUGUGCGAGCACCUGCAGCUGCUCUUUGCGCUGUUGCAGGAGAGCGAACGCCGCUACCUCGAUCCCUCGCCCUUCAUCCGUGCCCUCGGACUCGACACCGCCCAGCAGCAGGACGCGCAGGAAUUCUCGAAGCUGCUCAUGGCGCUGCUGGAGGACGCCCUGAGCCGGCAGCGCGACUCCCGCGUGCGCGACCUGGUGCAGAGCGAGUUCUGCGGGCAGUACGCGUACGUCACCACGUGCGGUGCGUGUGGGCACGAGUCGAGGCGCCCGGCGCGGUUCCUGGAGCUCGACCUCAACAUCCAGGGUCACAAACAGCUGACGGACUGCCUUGAUGAGUUCCUCAAGGAGGAGAAGCUGGAGGGAGAGAACCGCUACCUGUGCGGGCGCUGCCAGGUGAAGCAGACGGCGUCGCGCCGCAUUCAGCUCCUCGGCCUUCCCCGCACCCUCAACCUGCAGCUCCUGCGCUUUGUGUUCGACCGGCAAACCGGGCACAAGAAGAAGCUCAACUCGUACCUGAGCUUCCCGGAGACGCUGGACAUGAGGCCAUACCUGCAGCAUGGCAGCGGCGAGGGUGAGUACGAGCUGAGCGCGGUGCUCAUCCACCGCGGGGUCAGCGCCUACUCGGGCCACUACAUCGCGCACAUCCGCGACGCGCGCACGGGCGAGUGGCACAAGUUCAACGACGACGAGAUCGAGCGCGUCGAAGGCAGGCACCUGCUGCUGGGCGCCGAGGACGACCUCGAGCCGUCUCGCUCGGUGGGGCGGAGACCCAAGUGCGUGCGCGGAGUUCACUCGUCACGCAACGCGUACUCGCUGGUGUACACCGUGCGCGGAGAGCCCACGCCCACCGCACAGGACACCACGCUGCCCGAGUGGCUGGCGGAGAAGGUUCGGGCAGACAACCGCGCGUUUGAGGAGUGGUGCGAGGAAAUGAGCGCCAUGCGGCAGCAGAGCAUUGCCGAGGGUCGCGCCAAACACUCGGAGGUGCGCAGCCUCUACGCCCUGCUGCCGGCGGACAACGCGAGCGAGUUUGAGUUUGUGGGGACGGCGUGGCUGCGGCAGUGGCUGACGGACAGCGCGUGCGUGCGUGCGCUGGACAACGCCGCGUUCGUGUGCACGCACGGCGCCCUCUCGCCGCACCACGUGGGCAGCGUCAAGAGGAUCAGCCGUGGCGCCGCCAACGCCCUGUACCACAAGUACGGCGGCGGCCCGCGACUCACUGAAGCGUCGCUGUGCCGUGACUGUGUGGUGGAGCGCUGCCGGGUGCUGCAGCUCAAGAGCCGACUCAGCGACGACUACCGCACCGUCAGCACACUGCUCAAGAGCUCCCUGCCUCCCGGCGAGGCAUUCUGGGUGGGCAAGGUGUCCCUGCGGAGCUGGCGGCUGCUCGUGAUUGGUCAGUUCGAGGACAAGGAGGAGGAGUCCAAGCCGAGCAACGGGGGCGGGGAGCGGAGCAGCGACGAGGCGGAGCCGGAGCCGGCGGAGAGCGUUCCCGCAGGCGCGAGGACGGCCCGGUCGUCUGCGGAGGAGGACGGUGGCUUCAACGACGAGGUCUUGUGCCCACACGGAGGGUUGAGCACGCGGGAGGGCGAGCGCCGCCUCGUCUCGGCCGAGGUUUGGCACAAACUGCGCGGUUACUUCCCCUCGGCGCCGGAGUUCCGCAGCGACGCGCAGCCUUGCGCGCAGUGCCAGCGGCUGGAGCGGGAGGGGGAAGAGACGGGGGAGAUGCAGCGCAUGAUCGCUACGGAGCAGAAGGGGGCGCUCACCGCGCUCUUCCAGGACAAGGGGCGGCCGACGCUGCAGCCCUGGCCUCAGGACACGGAAACGCUUUAUGUGGUCUCUCAGUACUUUCUGGAUGAGUGGAGGAAGUUCAUUAGGCGCCCGACGCGUGCCUCGCCCGUGUUCUCAGUGGGGAACUCCACGCUGCUCUGUCCUCACAGCGGACUCAUGUUCACCCCCGACUCUGUCUCCCAUGAGGACGCCUCGCUGCUGGCGCUGGUGUGGCCGCCCGAGUGGGAUGUGAUCAGCCGCUCGUUCCAGGUGGACCUCGCCAUCACCAUCACCCGGCGGCCAUGUGGGGAAGGGAGCAGCGAAGCCGCGAGCGCGUACAUCACACAGCCAGGCGUGUGUGUAGAGUGCCAGGCCGCUCGGCGCUCCCAGCAGCAGCGGGACCAACAGGAGUACACACAGGCCACAGUGUACGUGCGCAAAGUCGUCAAGGACUUCAAGGUGAUGAAGGAGGCCGUCCCUGAGCUCACGCAGAGCGGCUCGGAGCCCGAGGAGGUGAUGGAAGGAACGGACGAGGGCGUGCAGGGAGAGAAGGACCCUGACUUCAGCCAGCAGGCCAACGGGCUGAAGCGGCGCCGCGUCAGCCCCCUCGAGGGCCCCGGCUCCGCGGCGGCGGCGGCGGCGGCGGCAGAGGCGGCGGCGGCGGCGGCGGUGCGUCGCAGCGCUCGCCACCGCCGCGUGCGCGGGGAGAAGGGGCUCGUGGUGUCGGCGCGGCAGACGCUGCGCGAGCUCAAGAUACAGAUCAUGCACGCGUUCUCAGUGGCUCCGUUUGACCAGAACCUGUCGGUGGACGGCCGGAUCCUGUCGGACGACUCCGCCUCCCUUGGCCACUUGGGCGUCCUCCCCAACUCCGUAAUUCUACUCCAGGCCGACGAGCCGAUUGCAGACUACUCGAGCAUCGAUGACAUCACGCAGGUGUGCUUGCCGGAAGAAGGCUUUAAAGGCACAGGGUUGCUGGGUCACUAGAGGCGCCCCGGGGGGCUGGCACGCCCCCGUCGCCCGCCCAGCGCUCGCCCCGUGCCGGGAUUCUCGUCCCACGGUGUCGCUGCCGUCACCGCUCCUUCGCCGGCGGCGGCGCUGACGGUGCUGCGACGGCUGGCUCACCGUGACGGUUAUCUUCCCGUGCGACGGUUGUGACGACGGUUGUGACCGCGGCUCUUUUGUUUGUUUUAUCGUGACGGUUUUUCGCCGAUACGGUUGUUUCCCCCCUGCCGGCGGCGGUGCUGGUGGCUGGUGGUAGCGGUUGUCGCGGUGACGGUUCUAUGAAUGUGUCACCCUUGCGUUGUACUUGGCAGUGUUGUGGGAGGUGGUGGGUGAGUGAGUGAGCGUGCAGGUGAGGGAGUGAGCGUGCAGGUGAGGGAGUGAGUGUGCAGGUGAGGGAGUGAGUGUGCAGGCGAGGGAGUGAGUGUGCAG